CUUCGAAGACAAGACUCAUCACGAGGUCGUUAGUGGCCUCAGCAAAGUAUCAGCCACCGCCGGUUUCCUACCAGUGCACCAUUUUGGAAGGAAGAAAUGGCGCAUGCGGUGUAUCAUUAAGCAAUCAAACAUGCUGUUAUAAACAUGGGACGAUGCUGAGUUAAGGGUAGGGUGUCAACCUCAAUAUCACCUUUUGGGCUGCUGACCCUGGUAAGAACGAGGCUUUUUUCACGGUUCGGCUCGUGAUGCCAGUCCCGAUCCAGCAGAACCAGGCAGAUCUGAAGAAACAUAGAGAAGAUGGUGUGUAACUCAGAAUAUUUCGCUACACAUUCGUACCCAUCACGGAGGGCUCGAGAUGGUAGAUCUCGUGGGCUUCGCCUCAGUCCAAACCUCAAAGGGACGCUUGAUUUAAAUUUCAGUGGACCGCCCUUGUUCCUUGCAUGCCAACAAGCGGCAUUCCAAGGUUCUUCUUUCCUUUUCAGCCGUUUAGAGCUCAGCUCCGUGUGCUACUUCUUUGAGCUGGGCCGCACGAGAGCUUCUAGGUCCAAGACUUUAAUGUCCUAUAUUUCCUGAGGUAUCACCCGCUGUUCUUAUAUGACCUAUCGACAAACACCUCGCCGCGUAUCUUGAAGAGUCUUCAAAGCCUCAAAUCAACAAGAGAAUAUAAGAGAAUGUUCUUCUGCCCCACCAUCGACGACCUGCAGGCCACUUCCCCGCGAACGCAUUAGCACACUGUCAACCCCACCAUCACUGUCGCAAUGACGUCCUGGGCAGCACCGCGCUGGGGUAACCAAUACGCGGGGCAAGCCGCAACGGCUUCGAUGCCGACCAUGGGAACGACUGGCCCUAAGAUGUCGCGAAUGUCAGGUACGUGAACCGUUUUCCAUGCCCGCUUCUGAUCACACUCCGGGAAUCAUCUGCGGAUCGGGUUCUAUUCUGGGCGCAGUACAUGGAAUCCUUCCUUCGCUGGACCAGAGGGCAGCGAGCCAGAAGCCAAGGGGAGAAACAUGGGAUCCCAGUAAUCACCAUCCAUCGCCAAGGAGGGGCGCGCCUUCGAUGCAACAGAGCAGCUCACCAACACAACCGCUCGACUGCGAGGAGACGGCGGAAGCGCGGCAGCAGCACAGUGUACCAGAUUAACAGAAAAGGAUCACAAAAUCCCCAAGCCUGGGACCUUGUUGCUCCGAGUUUCAUGACAGGUUCUGUCGACCUAUCCGCUGCUUGCCUCUUUGCUUCGCUGCCCACUCCUGGAGGGAAGAGGAACAGCCAACAAUUGCCGCCCCUCAUCUAUGAACACGGGCAACGAUUGACGACUGGGAGGACACACACACACACGGCCACGGCACCUCGCUUUUCUCCAACUCCCGUCGCAUUUUAUCUGGCUGCUUGAACCGCUAUACCAGCUCCUUAGUUUUGACCGUCGCUGUCCUACCCUCUGGCCAGCAAAUAUCGUCGCCUUGUAACCUGUUUCUUGGCGCCCCUCCUUUGCAUCGCCAGGCCCUAAAUCCCCGCCAUCGCUGGAACCCAGCACCUGCACAGACGGAUUCCGAAGCGGGAAGAAGAACAACGCCGAGUUGGGCUGGAUUGCUGUUUGCUGACUGCUUGGUUGGCUAAUUCAUGCAGGCUCGGGUCAGCCGUCAGGCGACAAGUCUCGAGUCGAGAUGCCACAGUUCACUGCGACUUUCGUCCCAGGCGGGUACGAUGAUUACUACAUGCCGCCAGAGGUCGUUGCGCCUGCCCCUCAACGGGUAAUGCCUGAGGUGCCCCAGAACAUGCAAAACGACAUUCAACGCAUGGAAUUAGAAGCUCGCGAAUCCCGAAGAGAAAGCAACUCGACAUUACUCAACCCCCGUGGCGGCGACGCAAAGGCUUUCAAACCCUUCCAGACCAGCGCCGCCGGCUCCACCACAAUGGACGUCCCAUCAUUCUCCCCUUUUCCCAAGGUCAAGGGCGAGAACAUCCCGCCCAGCGACGAAGAGAAGGAGGGCAUUCUGUGGCAGGCGCGCAACCUCGUCCUCCACUCCAACAAUGUGUCGAUGCAGGUCACCUGGGCCCGCGACACCCUCAUCUGGGUCGAGGUCGCCCAGGAGGCCGCGCAGAGGGAAUGGAAGCGGGAAGGAAAGGGGAAGGAGAGGCCCGCGACACCAAAGACGGAACACGACCUGCGAAUAGACGCCGUCAGCAUCAUCGACUACCUCGCCCAGCAGGACCACCCCGAGGCAAACUUUAUGAAAGGAAAAUGGCUCGAGUUUGGCAAGUUCGGAUUCCGAGAGAACAAGCGGGAGGCGUAUUCGCUGUACAAGAAGGCGGCCGAAAAUGGGUACGGUAGGGCCGAAUACCGCAUGGGCAUGCUGUACGAAAACUCGAAUGAUAUCGCAAACGCCAUCAAGCAUUACACCCUCGGCGUCAAGCUCAAGGAUUCGGCCUCCAACUACCGCCUCGGCAUGAUGCACCUGAUGGGACAGCACGGCCAUCAAAAGGACUAUUUGCAGGGGUUGGAAAUGAUUCAGCAUGCAGCCGACACGGCCGACGAAGACGCCCCUCAGGGUGCAUAUGUGUACGGCAUGCUGAUCGCUCGGGAACUGCCCGACAUCACCCUUCCCGAGAGCAUCCUGCCGUGCGACCUGACGGUAGCUCGACAGUACAUCGAAAAGGCGGCCUAUCUCAGCUUUGCCAAGGCUCAACUGAAGAUGGGACAGGCAUAUGAGUUGAGCCAGCUUGGCUGUGACUUCAACCCUGCCUACUCGCUUCACUAUUAUGGUCUCGCUGCCCGCCAAGGCCAGCCAGAAGCCGCCCUCGGUGUCAGUCGCUGGUUCCUCUUUGGUUACGAAGGCGCCUUUGCCAAGAACGAGCAGCUGGCUUUCAAGUAUGCACAGGAAGCGGCUGUCUCUGGACUGGCAACGGGCGAGUUCGCCAUGGGUUACUACCACGAAAUCGGCAUCCACGUUCCCAAGGACGUUAGAGAAGCCAGGAAGUGGUACGAGCUCGCAGCCGAGCAUGGCAACAAGGACGCCAAGGACAGACUCGAGUCACUGAGCCAGUCUAAGACACUGACCAAGGCUGACCACGAAACAACAACACUCACUCGAAUCAAGUCCCAGCAUGGCUCUCAGCGCGGCAAACGGCCAGACAGAUUUGCAAGACAGAACGAGGUCUUGCCUACACUUGGGGAGACGGUGACACCCCCGCCUGGUGCGGCCCAUUUUCUUUACUCUAAUUCUAAUGCUUUUGCUCUCCGCAACUAUCACCAGCAGCCACUAACAGGAAUACCAGACCGGGUCAACUUCCCAGACCCUACCCCUCGACCUCCUGCUUUUGGGGUAAAUGUAGACCCGAACAACCUUGCGCUGCGCCCCAAGAGUGCAGCGCCGUAUCCCCUCGAAGACAACCCGCCACCGCUGAAUGCGAGGCCAAAGUCAGCGGCGCCCUAUCCCGAGGAUGAUAUGCGUGGUCCUCAUUUGAACCCGGCAGCUGGUCGUCUCCCUGUUGGACCGCAUGCGGACCGUCCCGGAUCUGCUUUCGGUAUCCGUCCUUUAUCGCCAAACGGCAUGCACAGUGCUCCUCCUGAUCGCAGUCGUCCCAUGUCUGGACAACCUCCUCACGGCGGCUGGGGUCCCCAAGGUGCUCCCGGUAACUAUAGACGCCCUAGUCCGGGUCCUAGUGCACAAUAUCCACCUCAGCAGCAAAACGGACGGUAUGGGCCUCCGGGGCCUAGCAUUCCUUCCGCUGGGAUGCCACCUAUCGGCGAUCCGACGAGGCAACGGCUCCAGAAGCCGAACCCGAAUGCUCCACCUCCCCUCGCUCAAGGACCUCCUCCGAGUCAGUAUCCCCCUGCAGGUGGCAAGUACCCACCCCAGGGCAAUCCCGGACUGCAGCCGGGGCGAGACUAUGGUCCGCCUGGUGGUGGGCGCCCCAACCAACGCCCUGUCAGUGACGCUUACGGACCUCAAGGCGGGUACGAUCGUUAUGGUGCUGGACCCCCAGCUGCUGCUGCUGGGAGGGUGCCAUUGCCAAACCCGAAUCUGCGACCAGACGCGCACAGAGUGGAGAGCAUGCCUGCAAGCGGGAGACCAGUUCCCAAUAACGGUAGGCCGGUGUCAUCGCAUGCUCAUGACGGCGGGCGUGUUAGUGCGCCCCCUGGUAGUGCAGCGGCGGCCAGACCAAGUCCGGGGCCGGGAACUCCGGGUUCGAUUGCUUCUGGACCGAGACCUGCCGCCGGGAGACCACCUGUUAAGACCGAUCAUCCCGAUGGAAAGACGAUGGGUCAGGGGCCCGCGACAUUUGAGGAGAUGGGCAUUCCGCAGGGGAAGAAUGAUGGUGACUGUGUUGUGAUGUAA